AUGGGAAAUCAGUCCGCAAAACCAUCACCGCCUCGAGGAGUGGUUGGAUCAAAAUCACACCAAACUUUCCUUCACAUCGAGGAGCCGCAUGCUGUGCCACGAUCCAUUAGUGCACUUCCUUCCUUGGAAACGCCAAGAAGAAGUAAAAAUUCCCAUGGACCUCAUGAAACAUUUUCCCGUAGCGAAUCCUUUUCAUCCGCAUCCGAUCAACAUUUCGACGAUCCAUCAAGAGACGACACGAAAGAGCUCUCCUCUGAAGAGGCGUCAUCGAGAAGCCGAGCAUCAAGUUGUGCCGAGGCGACAACUCCAAGAAGCCAACUUUCUGUUUGUCGAACGCACAGCACAGGUAUCGGAAUUAGCAACAUGCACAAGGACGGAGCACUGAACCAUAAGUCUGUCUCUUCUGUACAUUUACCGGAGAAAGCCGUUGUGAAAAGCGCAUCGACGAAAAGCGCAAAAAAUGGAGUUUCACCUCUGCGUUCACAACUAUCAAAAGAGAAGGCCACCUCAAGCAGUUCUCAUGCCAUCCAGACAAGUAUGCCGCUGGUUUCAACGUCUCUAUGUUUGACCUCUGCUCAAAUACUCCUUGUCCGAAAGACAUGGGCUCACGCUCGAAAUCAAGGAUCUCUCGAACCAGCUCUAAGCAUCUUCAGGAACUCAUUCUUCAAAAAUUCCGAAAUCCGAACAAUAAUGAUGCACGGAGCCAAGAAUGCGGGGCAUGAGCGAUUGAAGAAGCAUGCGCAGGCAUUCACCGCGAUCAUGGAUGACUUGAUUGCGAAUUUGGACAGCGCUAACGCUACUGUGGCUGCUAUGCGGGAUGCCGGAGAGAAACAUGUGUUCCCCACUAGAGAUCAAUAUGGAUGUCCCUUCCGAGCCACGCUCAUAGACCAAUUCGCUUCUGCAAUGAUAGAACGAACACUGGAAUGGGGAGAAAAGAAGGAUAGGACAGAGAUCACGCAAAUGGCUUGGACGAAGAUAGUUCUUUUCGUAUGCGAGCAAAUAAAAGAAGGCUUCCACGAUGAAAUGAAACGACAGCGUAGAGUUAGGCCGCGUCAAUUGGGGACCCGUUCCGACUACGCCUCAUUGUCUGAGGUAUCAACCCCUCCUAAAUCUACAGGAGAGAUCAAGAGAUUUAACACGGUUGACAAUCUCUAG